AUGCAUCUUUUGACAUUGCUGUUUGGAUCGAUCCUUGUCUUCAUGGUUGGUCACUCACAAGUCUGUGGCCAUGUUAAUUCAGCGACAUGCAACAGUAAUGAACAGAUGAAGUGUACAAUGUCAUGUGAUUGUGAAGCUAAAUAUUUGACCGAUUGUUGCGCCGAUCCCUCAUUCACUGGUGUAAUAAACAUCAAAACAGGAGAAGGCAAAAUAUUUAAUGCGUAUUGUGACCAGGGUUGGACCUACGCAUUUAAACGAUUUGACGGCUCAGAGGAUUUCUAUCGCACUUGGGUUGAGUAUCAACAUGGCUUUGGUAAAACAGAAGAUGAACAUUUCAUUGGAUUGGAUAACCUUGCCAGUUUUGUAAAGGGCCGUAAGUGCAAAGUGCGAAUUGAUUUGGAAGCAUGGCCCCUUGUAUCACCGGCUAAACGAUUUGCUGAAUAUUCAGAUUUCUCCAUCACUGACAAGACCGACAAGUACCGUCUCACCAUUGGUGGAUACAGUGGAACAGCUGGUGAUUCAAUUAAAGCUCAAAAUGGACAACAGUUUUCGACCUUCGAUCAAGAUAAUGAUAUUUCCACUGCAAAUUGUGCGAGCCUUUACAAAGGAGCGUGGUGGUACGCUGGGUGCCACAAUUCUAACCUGUUUGGUCUGUAUGCGAAAGGACCAGAAUGUCCAAGCUAUGCCCAAUGUGUCGCAUGGUAUAAAUGGCCGACGAAAAUUGCAUCCCCUAAUAAUCAGCACUACUCAUUUAAGAAGGCGUCAUUGAAGAUACAUUGCUGUUAAAUUCUACUCAAAUAUUCUGUUCAUUAUUUUGUGAAAUAAAUUACUGAAUAACAAUUGUUAGCAAUUACUCGUUAGACAUAUUUCAAAAACGGCUAUAUGUCUAUUUGAUAAAUGCAC